GUCGCGGCUGAGGAGCGGACAGAGCGAGAAGAGCUAAUCUGUAAAAUCGCUAAUAAACCCGUUUCAGGCGCGUUAAUUCGGGCGGAAUGCGGGCCGGGCCGGUAGCGGGGGUCUCAGAGAAGGCCCGGUGUUAGCGCUGCCCCGCCUGCCGCGGACUCUACCCGGGUUUCAGCUCGUUUUCCGGCUGUGUGUUGGCGAUGCGGCCCGUCUGUGUGAGCCACGUCCUGCUGGGCGCGCAGUGUUUACUGCUGCUCAGCGCGCUGCUGCUGCAGAGUCUGGAGGGCUCUCAGUCCCCGAACUCCACUCAGACCCCCCACAGCAGAGCCACCACCGCCUCGACCACCUCCACGACCUCCUCAGCACCUGCCGGCACCUCCACGGCCUCCUCAUCCUCCUCCUCAUCCUCCUCCUCAUCCUCAUCCUCAUCCUCAUCCUCAUCCACCACCUCCACCGCGGCUCUGCUCAGCGACCCAGCCGAGGGAAACGCGACGGGCGGAGUGAAGCCCUCCGCCGCCGUGGAGCCGACCAACCGCACGGAGCAGUUCGAGUACAGCCCACCCUCGCCGGUGGUCCUCUGCAAAUACCUACCUGAGGAGUUCAUAUACUGCGAAGAGCCCGAGGACCAUAAAGGAAACAGCACAGCCCUGCAGGAGGUGGGGCAUGGAUGCCUGAAGAUUGGGAAUCAGGGUCAAGUGUACAAAGACGUGACCCACACCAAAGUGAUGUGCACAGCUUUAGAUGGCAUUGAAUGCGCCGGGCCUCGAGAGUUCCUCAGAGGGAACGAGCCAUGCAUCAAGUACACGGGUCACUACUUCAUAACGACGCUGCUCUACUCCUUCUUCCUGGGCUGUUUCGGGGUGGACCGCUUCUGUCUGGGGCACACGGGCACGGCCGUGGGGAAGCUCCUCACUCUGGGCGGUCUGGGCAUCUGGUGGUUCGUCGACCUGAUCCUCCUCAUAACUGGAGGACUGAUGCCCAGCGACGGCAGCAACUGGUGCACCUUCUACUGACCGGCCACCUGCGUCCACUUCAGCUUUGAGAACUAGACGCACUGAGCCCUCUUUCGUUUGCACGUGUUCCCAUGUUUCCGCAGGAACAGUCAGAAGAACCUGCUUAGUGUUUAAAGGGCCCAGCUGGUUUCUCCAUUCUGUAUUUAAAUGAGACUUUGAAGCCUGUUCUGGUUCGUGUUUUUGUGAUGUCACAAAAAAAGGCCUUUACUUACUGUAUAUCUGCCCGUUCGGCCUGCAGCGGUUUAGCUCUGCCUGCUCACUCUGAAGUUAUAAGGAGUGUUUGAGCCCUGCUUUGUGAAUGAGGGCAGCCAAACAGAACAGAGCUCAUUUGCAUAUAUCAGUCUUAAAGGCACAGUAGCGAAAACAGCCUAGAUAAAGAAGGAACUUGUAAACAUCGAUUAAGACUGUUUUUGACAAAAGUGGACAAAAUCAAAUAAGGGGAAAAUACAGAAAAUGGGCUCUUUAACUGGUCUAACUUUUAAUGUGCUGGGAUUGGUUAGGGUUACUUUAAUGUUGCUUCAGUUGGGCUUUUUCUGUGACUGGACAGUGUGGGAACAGGACUUCUUGUAUAUCCUUGUGCUGAGUUUGACCAUUUUGUAUGUCCAUCCUUUAAAUUAAAUGUGUAAGAUAGGUGUUUUUUUUUAAGUAUGAAGAUGGUUCUCUUGUUGUAAAUAAAUUAUCAUUCACUGUCCACAGGUCUAAAAGACCAUACAAAAUACACAAAUAAUAAACCUUUUAAAAGCAGUAAUAUAUCUGAAUUGCUUUGCUGAAAUUCUACCCAAUUUUUCGCAUAAUUUUUAUACAAGUCAAACUUUAAGAUGUAUAGUCAUCCAUAGUGGUUUGGUGUGAAAUGGUUGAUUGUAGAGACUCUGAUUUCUUUACAGUGGUGGUGAUGGGAACCAGGGGUCA